GGCAGUUCCAUCUCGGGCGUACGCGCCGCAGGGAGGUUGGCGAUUCAACAACGAUCCCGUUGUCAUCCCUCGUUGUCGUCGUCGUCGUUUGAUUGUUCUCUCGGCCCGGGCACGGUACCUUCGUCGCAGGGCCGUCGACGAAUAUGCGGAAAGCGGGCGUCUGAAGAUGCAGCCACGGAGGUCGGCCUCUACGAACUGCGGGACGGAAAUCAAGUCGCGUCCUCGUCCUCGCGCCGCUCCACGUUGCCGUCGUCAUCGUCGCCGUCGUGACGUCGUCGUCGGGACGCCGUUACCGCACGCCCGCCUGCGAAUCGGUCCCCCGGGACCGGAAACCGCCGAGGGAUGCUCGCGGAAAUGGUCCGGCUGUCCUACCAGCACAGGGCAUUCUACUGCUACGUGAUUCUGAGCGUGUGGAUCUUCCUGCUGGUCGCUGGUAUGUACAAAUAUAUCGGCGUAGAUGAGAAAACCUCGGUGCAAACGAGAAUUCCAAACAAUGAUUUGUCGCUGCGAGAAUUCCCGAGGAACUUAAAGUCGGACGCGAAGACGAAGAAGAUCUUUCGCUUCUGCAAUUUGCCACACGAGAUAGCCGCAGACACCGAAGGGAAGCUCGACGGCAACUUGACAUUAAGCGGCAUCCUGAUCUUCAUCCGUCACGGCGACCGGGGCCCAUUGACGCACAUACGGAACAUAAGCAGCAUCAAUUGCGGCGUCGGCGAGUACGGGGCCGCGAGCGAGCUCGAGGCCAUCUACGAGAACUACGUGAGCUUCGUGCAGAACGCGUCGAGUUACUCGCGGGCCGCGUGGGCCCAGUUCCUGGGCCCGUUCCACGGCCUCCCCGUGCUGCCGGCGAACGCGCGGGACUGCCGGAUCGGCCAGCUCACCACCCUCGGCGUCCUGCAGCUGCUGAAGACCGGGGUCGCCCUUAGGAACGCGUACCACCAGCGGCUCAAUCUCGGCAACGGCACCACGUACGGCAGGGACGUUAUCGUCUACAGUACCUCCUACCGCAGGACCGUGCAGAGCGCGGUCGCGUUGCUGUACGCGCUCUUCGAGAACGACGGCUUCCAGAGCCUGGCGAGGAUCAGCCUGCAGGAGAGCCAGAGCUACGCGUUCUGCAGCAACGAGUGCGCCUGCCCCGCCGCCGAGAAGUUCCUGAAGCAGCACUUAAAGGAGACCUCCAACCAUCUGAAAUCCCAUCCGGCCGUCGGGGAGCUGAUCAAGCAGGCGGCAAGCGCCGUUUUCGAGCUUCCGGAUCAGGCGCAUACGUGCGACCCGAACACGCUGAGGGACGCCCUGUUGACGUACGUGUGCCACGGCGCCUCGCUGCCGUGCGCGGAUCUUGACGCCCAACGCACGUGCGUUAAGACCGACCACGUUACCGGGCUGUUCGCCUACACAGACUGGGAGUCGAAGCAGGUCGCCAAGAGCAGUAGCCGCAACAAGUACGGGCUGCUCAAGGCGUACGGGAUGCUGCGCGGCAUCGUCACCUUCAUGCUGCGCAUCAUCUCCGAGGCCAGGCCCAAGAUCGUCCUCUAUUCCGGCCACGACAAGACUCUGGAGUACCUCGCCACUGCCCUCGGCAUAGUCUCGGACGUAGCGACCCAUUACGCCUCGCGGCUCGUCAUAGAGGUCUACAAGAUCAACCCCCGGAACGACAAUCGCCUCGCCAGCGACUUCUAUUUCCGCAUUAUCGCCAACGGCCGGGACCUGACGCCGAAGGUACCGUUUUGCAAGAACGCCAACACCUACGUCAGCGACGACGGGGAAUUUAUGGGUAAGAAGGGCGUCAAGCUGUGCCCGAUAGAAAACAUUGUCAGGCAGUUACACGACGACUACUUCGUGCCGUUCAACGCGACGAAUUUUAAGGACGCGUGUUCGAGUCAUAAAAUUCGUUAAAAUUAAUAAUGGGCAUACCUUGUUGUUAGCUCGUGAAAUAAGGUCGUUCCAAUAAGAAAAUAGGCCAGAUAAAAAGAAUGAGAAAGAGACACUCAUCUUCGGUGAUAGUAUAUAUCUUAACUCCUCGAAAUUAGAAACUUCAACAUUUUAGCACUUUUUUAGAUUCUCUAUCUCUUUUUAUCCUAAAUAUAAUGGCCGUUCAAUCAUUAUUGUUUACGAACAUUAUAUUCAUGAACACAAAGAGAAAAAGCGCUUUAACGCAGUCUAUAAGGUAAGAUAUUAUAAUAUUCUAUUUAAAAAAUGGCAAAUUCGUCCUGGAAUAAAAAUAGAAGAUAAAAGCGAAGAAGCGCAUGACACAUAAAGUCAGUUUUUCAUGGAGAUCAAAAGUUUAAGACUUUACAAGGAUUAAUUCUUACCGAGGAUGAUUCUUUUUAAUUCACUUCUCGAAUGACAGGCAGAUAUAUCGAGCGGCUCUCGAGCAAGUUUCCAACUUGCACUAUGCGUUAUAGAUAAAUAAGCCGAUGUGAAAGUAAUUAUUAGUACUAACGUGAAAUAAUCUGCAGAGAGCUAAUACUUCAAUUUUCCUAACGAAUUUCUCUUAAAGGCGUAAAUCGCUUAAAAUGUAAUUUUAUCACCUAACAAGAAAGUAUUUUGAUUCUAACAAUAAUACAUCAGAUAUAUAAGAUUGUUCUUUGGACAUUCGGGCUCAAUUCAAAAUUUUUUACAUCUCAUUAUGUCGAAGUACAGUUAACGAGAGCACAGACUUUUGCAUAACGUAUAAGAAAUUUAACGAGAGUCUUUCAUUUCUAUCUUGUAUAAAGGAAAUAAAAAAUUUUGAUUGAUUAAUCCUCUUAUGCAAAAGUCUGUGCUUGCUCUAAGAGAAUUGGCAGAAAUUAUAAAAUAAAAUUGAAGAAAAAUGAGAAAAAAGGAGAGUACAUAAAUUUUAGUAAGAAGCAAGCCUUAACUUCAUAGAAAUAUAUAUGUCUAAAACUUUAAAUUAACGUAUCUUUAAAUAAAUUUAGAAAAACGAUAGCGCUAAUAAAAACCGAUUAGUCGAUUAUUAUAUAUUUUAUCAUACACUCUAUUGUAUAUAUGUAAAUAUAUAUAGUGCUUUAGAAAUAUAUAUUAUAUAUAUA